UUGGUUGCAAGCAGCAUCAAUCUCAGUGAUGUCGACUAAAAAUAUCCGUGAAGAUUAGCGUGGAUUGCUGUUGUUUCAAGGAGCCGGGUUUGCUGUGGGCUUUGCGUUUUGCUGCAUUUCGAAUAAGCCCCUGAUUCUGAGAGCAAACGGGUUUCUGUGAUGCUCAAGCAGCAACUCUGAAAAACCAUGAACUACUUGUCCCUUGCAGCCUUUGCUUGGUGUGUCCUCUUACCGCCGUCUGAAUCCAGUAAGGCCUUUGAAGACAUCCGCUGCAAGUGUAUCUGUCCCCCAUAUAGGAAUAUCAGUGGUCAGAUUUACAAAAACAAUGUAUCACAGAAAGACUGCAACUGCCUGCAUGUGGUGGAGCCUAUGCCAGUGCCAGGACAUGAUGUGGAGGCUUACUGCCUGCUGUGUGAGUGCAAGUAUGAGGAGCGAAGCACCACUACCAUCAAGAUUAUCAUCAUCAUUUACCUCUCAGUGAUUGGAGCCCUCUUGCUCUACAUGGUCUUUCUCAUGGUGGUGGACCCUCUCAUCCGCAAGCCUAGCGCUUACACCCAACCCCUGCACAAUGAAGAAGAGACUGAGGACACCCAUUCAUUGGCACCUGUCCGUCCUGCAGCCAGCAACAGGGCAAACACCGUGUUGGAGAGAGUUGAAGGGGCCCAGGAGAGAUGGAAACGUCAGGUGCAGGAACAGCGGAAGACUGUGUUUGAUCGGCACAAGAUGCUGAGCUAGACCUUACUGGGAAUUUUCAGGAGUCGAGCACCAGCUGCUGCUUAGCUAGGCAGAGGGUUUCUCUUACCCAAUACAAAACCCAACACCUGUAGUCUAAAUAUUUUGCACCCUUCCUUCCUUUCUUGUUUGGCUUAUCCUUGCCUCCCCAAUUCCAGAGAACAUGUGACAUUGGAGCAAAUUACUGUCUGUGAUUUCCAAAAAAAAUGAAAUUUUAACACUGGAGUAUUCCUCUCCCCAAACAUUUCCUGAGUUCACUAUGUUGGUACAGAUCUUGCUGCUUGAUUAAUUUGUGAUCUGUGAAAGUUGGAAAGACCAGGCUGCAGUAUACCUGCUUGUAUCCAACAAUUUUAAAUAGCAGCAAACUUUGCUUAGUCCUAUAAUCAAGUUCAACAAUGAAAACAGGAGCACCUAGGGUUUUGUUCAUUUUGUUGUUGCUUUAUUGCUGUCAGUUUUCUCCGAGAUGGAGAAACAUUCAUAAUUGAACUGGAAUUGCAGUUAGCAUCUCUGUUGGAUCUCUUAGCAUUAAACAUUCGGUGUGAAACUUCACUUCUGUAACAGUGUAAAAGACUUAAAACGAAGUGGUGUAGUCUCACAUAGAGAGGUCUCCUAUGGAAAUUUUGGACUAUCCAGUCUCAUGAACUCAGAUAAGUAAUCCCUUAAGGGUUCCUUUCAGGUUUGCUGUAACCAUGCACCAAAGAAGAGCAAAGAAGCAAGCUGUCUGGUUCAGGUGCAAUGCUACACUGUGGCUUAGCAUGAUAUCAUUUGCUGUUGGGACAGCUGCUUGCAUGAACACCUUAACCAAGGAGAAUUGUCAUUCUGCAUGGGGAAUUCUGGUUCUGUAUGUAACAACUACUCUCUGAGUUGUACUGUAAAGGGUCUCUUUUUUUAAGAAGAGAAAAAUAAUUACAUAUUUAUGUUUUUAAUAUUUCUUUUAUGAUGCCAGGUCAAAUUUGUGUAUUUUUUCACAAUGAUAGGUCUGCAGUAACUACCAGCAUAUUAUUUAUAGCCAUAAAAUAAGGGUUGGAGGGUUUCACAGCACUCUAUCAGGCAAGAAUACUUUACUAAAGCACACAUGAAAGAUACUCAUCCAACCUGUUUAAAGACCUCUAAAGAUGGAGAUUCUACCACACUCCAAAGCAACCCAAUCCACUGUCAAGCAGCUCUUAAAGUAAAAAAAAAAGUGUUUUCUAAUAUUUGUGUAGGAUCUCUAAAAUUUAAGUAUAUCGUCAUUCAAGUUGAUAGCCAAGCUAUUUUGAUGGGGUAGCCACCUGUCUCAUUUGACUGGGCAACAAACUGUCCCAGUGACCAUGUUGAAUGGGCAGGAGCUUGGGAGCUGUCCAAAAAGUAACUUUGCCUAUUUCUGACUUCAUAUCACAUCACACUAUUAGGAUUCAGUGCUCAUUGGAACAUCUGGAGGGAUUGACAUUCCUGUUUGUUUCCCUCAAACCCAAUGUGAUUUGCCCAGAUAUUUUGUGCCACUAGUGGAAGUAGGGUUGCCAGGCAGGAUAAAGGAUGGGAGUCUUGCAACUUUGAUGCUGAAUAGAUUGAGAAGCAGAACAAGGUACCACAAUAUUCUGCCAAAAUAGCAAAAUUUAACAAUUUCCCCUUAUAUUUUAGACUCAGGUUUCCAAUGGCAACACAAUUCUUGCCUGCCCAGUGCAAACUGGAGGAGAGGGAUUGCAAUGCUACAGGGAAUAAGAACAGAACUGGGGUUUCUCUUCCUCCCUCUCCCUCCCCCCAAUUUCCACCAAAGAGGCAAGAAUCGUGUUUGGAGAGAACACUUGAAGAUGAAAGUUUAAGCCUGAAAGAUAAGGGAAGACAGGUCCAUUUUGAUAGAAUAUUUACUUCAUCCUGAUUCUCAGACUACUCAGGAUUUAAGUUACAAGAACUUCAUCCUGUCCGAACCUGGCAGCCAUAGAUGAAGGAGUAGAGCACUUGUGAGAUGUAAUCUAGAUCAAAUAGACAAACAGAAAAAGAUAUUCAAGAAUGGCCUGUAUUCCUUCUGCAUGAGAAAUAUUUAUGUAUUAAAUUAUCUCUUUUUUAUUUUCUUAAAGGGACAUCUGGCAGAUUAGGCCGGUCCUUGUUACUAUGCAGUAUCUUUUAAUUAAACCAUGAAACUGGUGUGUUAA